GGAGGUGGUGUUUUUGUCUUUUCAUAAGUCAUAAUCCUAUUUCACUAUAAAUUAUCAUUGUCUCUAUCUUUGCUUAAGUACAAAUUGUCUGUUGUCUCUAUUAUUGAUGAAUAAAAUAACUCAAUUAAGUGCAAUUACGAAAGAAGUGUCAAUUUCGCUAAUAAUUCACAAUCAUAUAAUUUAGUUCUGGACAUCAUUAUUGAACUGUAGAUAUUAUUUUUCAUUCCAUUAUAUUUUCAAGUAAUUGCACUAUCUCACAUAAGACAAGAGCAAACCUUUGACAUUGUUUUUUUCAGAUAAAAAAGUAACAAGUUUACAAGUAGAAAAACAAUAAGUUUGAAACUUCUAAAGGGACUAUUAAGAAGAAUGGAAUUAAUUAAUUAGUGUAAGGUUAUGGGAAGGAGAGGAAUUACGUGUGUCAUUUUCAUGUGGCUAUGAAUGAAUCAGUAGGUGGUUGUAAUUUUGAUUGAAUGAUGGAUCCCUGGUGGUGGCACACACAACAACGUCGCAAUCAAGGCGAUGUAUGCCGUAUUAAAUUCACAUUUUUCAUUACUGGAGAGUUGCCCAUACAAUGUAGUAGUAGUAGUAGUAAUAAAGUACUAUAUAAGUAGGGUUGCUGAUUGAAAGAAUUGUAGUAUUAAUUUCUUGGGGUCAGCUUCUUCUUUGAUUGCGGGCUUUCUUUUUUCUCAAACCAUUCUUCCCUCCAUUAUUAUUUCUUAAAGUACGCACAAAAUUCACUUUGAUUCAUCAUAUGGGUUUUAGAAACGACCUAUUGAUUUGUACAACGUUGGAAUGUGAAAGCAAAGAAGGAAUGCUGGCUUCCAUGAGUAAAGCUAAGGAAGAAGGAGCAAAUCUGGUGGAGCUGUGCAUCGAUUCCAUGUCUUUUUCCCACAUUUCUGAAGUGGAACAGCUCUUGAGACUCAGAACCUUACCAUCCAUCGUCUCCUACAGGAAAUAUUCGAGCAGGGGAAGACGAUGCUCGAAGAAGACAUCAUUGCAGAUUUAUAAGUUGGCCUUGGAAUUAGACGUGGAAUUCAUCGAAAUUGAAUUUGAGGAGGCCACUGAAGAGAUUAUAUGCGAACUAAUGAGUAGACGAUCCAAUAGCAAGAUAAUCAUAUCAAGCUAUAUAAAUGGUGGGAUUCCCUGCAGAGAGAAGCUAGGCAACUUAGCUAUAUGCAUGCAAGCUCUGGGAGCAGAUGUUCUUAAACUUGUGGUUAAUGUGGCUUAUAUCACCGACGUUGCCUCCGUUUUCCACAUGUUUACACAUUCCCAGGUACCAAUUAUUGCAAAGGCUACUGGAGAUAGAGGACUCAUAAGCCAACUUCUGGGCCCGAAGUAUGGGGCCUUUGUUGUUUGGGGGUCCAUGGGGGAUAAAACUGUACCUGGGCUGCCACCUUUGCGCUCCAUCAAACAAGUCUAUAAACUUGAACAUCUAAAUCCAGAUACAAAAGUUUUUGGGGUGGUCUCAAAUCCAGUAGGCCAUAGCAAAGGCCCACUUCUCCACAACCCAGCCUUCAGACAUACAGGAUAUAAUGGAAUUUAUGUGCCUUUACUGGUUGAUAACCUCAAGGAGUUCUUCAGGGUGUAUUCAUGCUGUGAUUUUGCUGGUUUCAGCGUUGGAAUCCCACAUAAAGAAGCAGCAGUAGGGUGCUGUGAUGAAGUUGAUCCCCUGGCUAAGUCUAUUGGAGCAGUAAAUACCAUUAUACGAAGACCUGCAGAUGGGAAACUCAUUGGUUAUAAUACAGAUUGUGACGCUUGUAUAAGUGCAAUCGAAGAUGCACUGAGAGAAAGGCGAAAUACCAAUGGGCAUGCAUCGAAUGCCUCACCAAUUGCCGGAAAAUUGUUUGUUCUAGUUGGAGCUGGAGGCGCAGGACGAGCCAUGGCUUUUGGUGCCAGGAGCAAAGGAGCAAGGGUUGUCAUUUUCAACCGCAACUUUGAAAGGGCAAAGGCUCUUGCUGCAGCAGUAUCUGGUGAAGCCCUGCCAUAUGAAUGUUUGCAGUCAUUUUCCGCGGAAAGAGGGAUGAUUCUGGCAAAUGCUUCAGCUGUAGGGAUGCAGCCAAAUAUCCAUGAAACUCCUGUUCCCAAGGAGUUCUUGGGAUCAUAUGAGCUGGUUUUUGACGCAGUGUAUACCCCAAGGAACACUAGGUUAUUACAAGAGGCUGCAGAUGUUGGGGCGAUUGUAGUGAGUGGUGUUGAAAUGUUCAUCAGGCAGGCACUUGGACAAUUUAAAUUGUUUACUGGUGGAUUAGGUAACUGAAUUUCUCUAUCUUCUACAACUUUGUUCACUACUUAUCGCAUGUAAACCACCCUACUGAAUACUCUAUCUAUUCAAAAUAAGGUAGCGGUAUAUGAUCUUCAUAGCCCAAUAUCACAAUGUAGAUAUAGAGGCUUACAUUUAUUGUUGUCUGUCUAACAAUUCCAUUUGUUUGCAGCACCAGAGGACUUCAUGCGCAAAACCGUACUGGAGAAAUUUUGAUGGAAAUUAGGCCUGAGAAAACAUUAAUGAUGGCUUUCCACCGUCGAUCAAUCAAAUAGUUUAUGGUACAUUGUAGUAGCUUUGCUCAUGGAUUACAGGUUUCUGCAAUAUGAGAUGUACUCAUUGUACCCUGGUAAAUAUUACUACUUUUCUUACCAGAACAGUGAAUAGUGGAAUGUAGAUUCUUUGUUAUGCUGAUGAUCCCAGGGACCAACUUUUAAAUUUUUAAAUCAAAAGCUAUAUAGUACAUAACAUUAAUCAGACUAGGCUACUAUAACCGAUGAUAUUUCUGCAAUGAUAAGUAGAAACUGCGUAAAAGUCCCUUAAUUUGCUAUUGCCUUGCACAUUUCCUGCGAUGCUCAAGUGACAGCUCCUCAUGCCUUCAUGGAUGUAAAACUGCAGCAGUAGCUAGGUUAAUAUAUAACACUUGGGAUUUUCUUCUGCACCCAAAUGUAGAAUCUGGCAACAAAUCUCAAACUAUGGCUAUUGGAAGUUGACUGAUUCCAGCUGAAGUUUUGCAGACUUACAGUUCAACACUCAUAGCAGCUAAAACAAAACCAGUCCAUAAUUCAAAACAACAAUUGAUUAUUCAGUCAGUUACAACAGUUCAGGAAUCCAAAUGUAUUUUCACUCAUGCAACUCUUGUACAUUGAUUUAUUAUAAUCUACUAAUCUGUACUAAAUUUGCUGCACCUUUCUCUUGUGAGUUGUGAAUGCAUACUAAGACAAUAUAUGCUUUCACCACCAGAAACUAUAAAGAUUUCUGAAACUGAAGUGAACUAUCAGAUACAACAUAAAACCUGCGGUUCAAAACAAGAUAAUAAUAUAAUAAUAUAACAAGAAAAAAAAAAGACAUACAAAUAUGGUCUUCAGGAAACGGACAAUUGAAACUCCAAUUUUAUCUGUAAACAAAAAAAAAAAAUAAAAAUAAAAAUAAAAUAAACUCCAAUUUUAUCUUUUAAAAAAAAAUAAAAGAAAAACUUUCACGUUCAACGUAACCAAAUCGCAGAUGGCCUCACCAAAGACCAAACCACUGCAAGUGACAGUAACGCCGUCAGCCUGCGGACGUUUUCCUUUUCCUUCGGGCAGCUGAUAUUCCAAAAAGUCAACAAUAUUCCGAAACCGACAAGGAGAAGGUUAGAACCCAAUUGAACUGUUUCACCCAUACCUCAGCUAUAAAUACGAGGAACACCCGGCGACUCGAAACAGAACUUGGUCCAAAGUCCUAUCCCCAAUUUAAUCGGCGAAGAAGUUGAUCAGAGCACGCACGAUUGUCGACCUUAACCCUUGUCAAAGGUGGAAACAAAAAUGGAUUCGGCGAAUACCUUCAAUGAUGAUUUUUACCCCGGGUUUGAAAGAGGAACCACAACCCUGGGUUUCACCAUCAACGAUGAAGGCGUGAUGGUAGCCCUUGAUCAUUCACCGCCAUCAUCCGAGCCUCAACAAGAUGCCUUGGAUCGUCCAACAAACUUUAUCCUGCUCAACACGCACCUGCUCGCUACUUUUUCCGGUGGGUGCGACCGUUCGCACAACUAUUUGCAGGAAGAUCUUCGAAACAAGUGCCGGGAACAUGAAUUGAAGGAGGGAAGACAAGUUUCCGCUGCUGAAGCAUCCAACUGGCUGGCUGAGUUUCUGUCCCGUUGUCCCGACAAUAGCGAUGACAGUUACUCACCUUGUAUAAAGUGAACGGCAAGGGGAAAUUGCUUAAAAAGUCAAUGACUGGAACUGGAUGUGCGGGCGGGGUCUGUGUUAUGUUAGAUGACACGCCCUCUUACGAUAUCAACGACAUAUCUUUGGCUAAAGCUGCGGAGUUGGCCAAACGUGCACUUUGUUUCGGUGUAUAUGUCGCGCAUAAGUGUGGUACAUCUGUCGCUGUCUUCUAUGUAGGAAGAGACGGGAUUGACUGUGUGGUCAGGAGUGAGGACAUAGUCACUUUGCAGAAGCAGUACCUGAGUGAACUUGGGCGCGUGUGGAAAGACCUCCGUAGCGCCAACAUAGCUUGGGCGCGUUCUAUGGAAAGAGACCGUGAAUGCCGCAAAGCCCGCGCACAGUGGCCUGAUUAUAAUUCUGUAUAUAUCUGAAGAUCCAUCCUAGCUAGUUUGUG